AGCGAGUUGCGUGUCCUAAGGAUUCAGCUUCAAAAGGAAGCAGAAGAAGACCCUUCAACUUUAAUAACUGCCAAUUUAUCUGAAGAAGGUGGGGAUAAUCCAGGGUUGAAGUGAAAUCAUGGAUGGGCUUUUUAUCUCUAUUUUGAUAUAAAUGAGCCUCAUUGUAAUCCUAAUUUCUUUUUUUUUUCCCAUUACGAAAUGUUCCAACAAAAGAAUUUGAAUAUGGCCCAAAUCUAUGAUUUAAGAUUUUAUGUUCUAACCUUAUAUAUUUUUGAUGUAAAAUUAAUGUUUGAAAUGUUUUUUGUUGUACUUUUAUUUCAGCUGUUAGUUUUAAAAUAUUAACAAAAUAUUUUAAAUUUUUGUUAUGAUUAUUUUAAAAUAAAAUAAUAAAUUUAACAAAAAUUAUAAAUUAAUUAGUUUUUGUAUAAUUACGAAUAAUGAUGUUAUAAAAUACAUAUCCCAAAUUUUAUUUAUAUGUAUUUGAAAUUUAUAUUUAUAUACCACAUAUAUGUAUAUAUAUAUUAUUGCAUACUAUUUGUAAUAUCUAAGUGAAGUACAUACAUAUGUAUAUGUAUAUAAUAUUAUCAUAUUUAUAUUAGUGGAAUAUAUAUUUUAUAUAUGUCCAAAAUAUAAUAUUCUACAAAAGAGAACAUUUUAUAGAGAAAACAAAGAAAAUAUUUUUAAAACACUUGAAAUAGUGUUGUAGAAAACUUAAUUUCAAAAAGCCAUAAAUUGAAUUGAAAGCUUGUUAUGGAUGAGAGAUCCAAAAAUGUAUCCGAAGCUUGGUUGAUUUAAUUUUAGUGCUUUAGUGAAAUAAGAUUGUGUACAACAUUUACACCUACCACCAAUCACCCCGAAAAUUGAUUGCUUACACCUUUUGAUCCUUACAACUGACGAAAGAAAUAUGCUGACAUGAAAAUUCUGGAAGCAAUGUUUUCAUAUCUUCAUGUUCACCUAGGCCAACCUGAUCUAAGCCACUUGAAUUUGAUAUUUCCAAGACAUCAGCAUAUUCUGAUUAAAAUAUUCCGCGACGACUUCCGAUCUUCUUGUGGUCGUAAGAAUGCUCCAUUAGUGGUCAUUUCAUCCAUUGUCUAUUAAAUUUAGAAAGAAAUCCAAGAUGGACUUGUUUUACGUGGUAUACUCUCUAGUUAUUGAUUUCUAUUAGAUUUGUGUUGGAUUUUUUUGUGUAAACACGUAAUGGUUAUGUCUGUUUGUUGUGUAAGAAUGAAUGCAUUUGUGUAAUAAUUGUAUCAAUUAUGAGUCUGAAAAAACAAGAUUGAGGUAUAUACCUUCUAUUUCUUUUUUUCAAUGUAUAAAAGUGAUGAAUUAUCUGAUUUACUCAGCUUAGUUUAGUUUGAUGACAUGUUGAAAAUUUAAUAAAAAUAGUUAAAUUGUAUGCAUAUGCAAUUUUUUUGUUGCUAAUCACAUAACUUUUAGAAUUGAAAACUAUUGAAAACAUUUAAAAAGUUAUCAUGGAAAAAAAACUAUAUAAGUUUAAAAUGAAAUUAGGUACUCCAAAACCUAUUAGAAUAAAUUAGUAAGGGAAAAAGGAAAAAAAAUGUAAUGUAUACUUACUCUUCAUCAGGUUUGUACACUAUUCUCUCAUAUGUUCUUUUCAUACCCACGUCCACCAGACCCGUAGUUAGACUGUUAGGGAUCUUCUAAAGUUUUCUUAUGCUAUAGAUAUAUAACCCUUCUUUAUACGACUCAAUAAAGUCAAGAGAGAAAACAAGGUUUACAUGAAAUCUGAAGACAUCAUACACAUCUUCAUAGUUUAGCCAGUCGUUCUCUCGAUCUUUCUAACACAUCCUUCAAAUUUAUUUAAGGAAUCAAGCAAAAACCAUUAGUUUUCUUUUAGGCAAGACAUUUGAUAUUCCCUAUAUAUUAAUAGAAAAAUAUUUAAAAAGUUGUAACCUAAAGUUUGUAUAAUUAUAAAAAUACUUGCUUAGAUGUCACUAAAUUAGGAUAUUAAUUUGACUUACGUGGCAACAUAAUAAUCAACUGAAAAAUUAAUUAGUCCAAAAUCCAAUUGCUAUGAAAACUUAUAUUAAUACAAACAUAAAUGUAUAUGAUAUGAUAAACUUAAUAUUCGUUGAUCUCAUUAAAUUAAUAUUCGACGAUCUCAUUAAAUGCGACUUUUUUAAAUGACUCAACAUUGAUUUAUAUUGUGAUCCAACAUAAUAAUUUUUUUAAAGAAAAUGUAAGAUAUAUAGGUUUUGAUUGGUUGAAGCUGUAGCUUUCUAUUUUUUUCUCUAAGAUUUGGGCUUUAAAUUUUUAGCUUUGGCUUUUAUUUAUUUUGCUGUAGAAAUUAUUUUAGAGCCCUAAAUAAAAACUAUAGAGAAAGUGCUUUCUAAAGCUAACAUAUUUCCUAUUUUAAUGAUUUGGCUUUGGAUUCAAUUUUAAAAAUAAAAGCAUGAUUGCUUUUAAAAAUGGAUGUAGAAAUUAAAAGUCUGUCUACAACUUCUGUAAUAAAAGUAUAAUUGCUUUAAAAGAUGGUUCUAGACAUUAAAAAGACCGUUCACAGCUUCUACAGUCAUUAUCAAUCACCUUCAUACUCUUAGUAUUGCAUGCUUUUGCUAUAAAUCGGAAAGUAAUGAUUUUUAAGUGUUUUUUUAUUAAUUGCAAAGAGACGCUUUGAUAAAAAAAACAGCAAAAAGACGUAGCUAUUCAAAAUUGUUUCGUUAAUAAAAGAAAAAAAAAAUUGUUCGAUUCUCAGGCUUUCUUUGCCUACAAAAAUUUAUAUAAAUAGUAAUACAGAAAUUAAGUUGUUUUGUUAAUAACAAACGAACUUAUAUAUCAAAUCUUUUUCCUUGCAACACAAUUCUUUAGAAUUUAAAUUAUGAAAUUUAUACUGAAGAUUAAGAAAAAGCUUUGGCACCUGCCUAAUUGUUUUUCGUAGUCUAGAAAAACAUUAAUAAUGACUUUUCGUAGUAGUUAAUGAUAUAUAUCACGUUAACCUAACUUUCACCCUAUACAAAGUAUUGGCUGCAAACAAAUAAUACUAUCAUCUUUCUAUAUUUGGACCUUAAAUAUAAUAAUAAUAGUCGGGCUGCAAAAUUUUAUGUUGUCUUAAUGGCCCAUAACCAAACUAUAUUUCAAAUUAUAAGCUUAAUCCACUUUGUAUUUGUAUUUUUAAUAUUUUAAUUUUCUAACUUAUGUUGUCAUAAAGAAAGUAAAAAUCUGAUAUUCUGAAAUUUGUGUAACUUCAAAUCAAAAAUACAUAAAUUUUAUUUACUGAUAAGUUAGUAAAAGAAAAUAUCCAAAUGUAUCGGUCCAACAUAUAGAUGAUUAUAUAAACAAUAAAAAAUUGUAUACAUAUAAAAAAUAACUUGAUCAUAUAUAAAUCUUAAAUUUGUCAAUACAAUAUGUUUAAUUAUAAAACAACUACUUAUUUCAGAUAAUCUAUAAUUGAGGUCGCGUAAAUGUUCUUUUUAAUUUCAAUUGAGCCGAAGGAGGAUCGAUCGUAAAUUGCUGGUAUUAUUAUCGUUAGAAGACAAUAAAAAUCAUAAAAUUUGAACAAAAUUUUUGUGAUACACAAUUUUAGAAUCAAGCUCUUUUGGUAAGUUUAAAUUAAUUGUUUUUAUACCAGGUUGUUUAAAUAAAUAAAAAACUUUUCCACCAAGUUAAUGUUCCCACCAAAUUUUUAAGCUUGGUACAAAAUUUUGAAAAAGUUCUAUAUGGUAAGUUUAGUUUAAGAUAAUAAAAUACUUUGUCACCAAGUCUAUAAUUUCGACCAUUGAAAACAACUUGCCAAAUAUGUUUGUGGUAGUUAUUGAAAAUUUACAUAAAUAUUGGGUCAAUGUAUCACGCUAAAAUACGGUUUCUUGAUAAUUAAUGAUAAUUAUUUGAACUUUUCAAACAAUCCAAAAACCUAUUUAUGCCUACUAUAUAUAUACGGUUGAGUUUUUCCUAGAAAUACCAUCAAUUUUUUCACAAGUCUUAAUUUAUGAUCAUAGGAAUAUUAAUGAUAUCUACAUUUUAAUUGUUUGAUUUGGCUUCUAUACUUUUUCUAUGUGUACCAAAUAUUUUUUUUUGUGUACCAAAUAUUUAUAGUUAGUUAAUUAUUCUAUAUUGAGAAAAACAAUAAUACUAAAUAUAUUUUGACUACAAGAACACAUGUUUUCAGAAAUCAUCAGAUUUUACAAUAUAAAAUAUAAGUUUUUUAAUAAAUAUUUUACCCUGCGCAAAGCGCAUGUCUUAUUAGAGAUGGCAUUUUGACCGCAGCCCGCGGGCCUGGCCCGUACAAGACCCAUGCGGGGCGGAUUUGGGUAAAGGUAAUCGAAGCCCAUUUAAAAGCGGGUCUCGCGGGUAAGUGUCAUGCGGGUUUGGGCUUUUGCGGUCUAGGCUCAGCGGGUCUUGCGGGGUCGACAUAACCCGCGACCACUUCCUCAUUUGCUGUCUUUACACCUGAAAAAAAAGAGUCAAGAGACGAAAAUGGCGAUCAGGGUUCUCUACAGCACGACUCCACCAACGAGCACCAGAGGAGCAGCACCACCAACCGAUUCUUCUUCUCCUCGACUAAGACCACCAUCAGAGCUUCUCUCCAUCUUCUUUCCACCACCACUGGAGCUUCUCUCCUUCCUCGAGCUUCCACUGGAACUCUCCAUCUCCUCGUCCGAAGCAAGUUGCACCGUGCAACAACAACAACAACAACAUCUUCUCAAGCUCACCCCAAUGAAACAUCAUGUUUUGCAUACCCGCGGGCCAGCCCGCAAUGUCCUAUGUAGUAAGCGGGGCGGGUUUGGGCAGAGGUUUAAGUACCGCGGGUCACGGCGGGCUUACCCGCAAAGAACCGCCGGAGAGAGAGACCGCAGCGGGGCGGGCCAAUGCGGGGCGGGUGGUACCAAAUGCCAUCUCUAUGUCUUAUCCUAGUAUCAAACUAAAACGUUUGGCUAAGGGAAGCAAUUAAAGUAUAAAUACAUCAAAAUACUUGGAUAAUCUUCAGAAUCAUAUAGAUUGUACAUCAUUGAUAAUCUAGAAAAAAAACUUUCAAUUAUUAAGAGAAUAUGUUUUUCAUCAAUAAUUGCAAAAGAGAGGAAGCUAAAAAUAUUCAAUCUAUUGAAGAAAAAACACAUAGGUGAAGGUAAAACUCAAGAAAAAUGUUUUUACACAAAGAACAUACGAAUCAUCUAAAGCUAUAUACUUACACAAGGACAAUCUCGGUUUACUUUACUAUAAGUCAAUAUUAACUUUAAUAUAAGAUCUUCAAAUUAUCUAUAGACAUACAAACCUGAAUAAAGAGAAAGAUGACAGUCUAAGGGAAGACACAUUUUCACUUUAACUUUUUUUGAUGUUCAGUAAUAAACACUAAAGAUACAUUCACAAAUACUAUGAAACUAAAGUAAGAUAAUAACACAUAUUUAAUACUACAUAUAGGUUGAUUUCAGUGACCACAAAGUAUAUAUGUGAGAGAACAUUGAUCUGCCAACAAGAACAUAUCAGUUGCAGUGAAAGAGAGAUGUUUCAAAAAACAAACAGUUUCUUCCACAGAACACUUCACAGUCUAAAGUCCAUCAUUCUCUGAGCAGGUAAGAAACUCCAUUGACCAAAAUCCAACUUCUCAUGCAUAUUUUGAGAUGGAGACAAUAUCUUCGCGAGUUUCCUCAACAUAUGGGAGUCUGAUCUCAAAAACAGCAUCGGAGGCUCACUAAAGCUGAGCAGAAGCACGAACAAGAGAAGAAAACAGAUCGAAGCUUGCUCUUAGCGUUCGUCAAGAGACUGCAACAGAAUAGAGAAGAAGAUUAAAGAGAUGUAUAUGACUGAGACAGGAGAUAUAGAGAAAGCCCUUGACAUUGAAGAGGCACUUUAUUACUAUUCUCGUCUUAGAAGUUAUGUGUAUCUCAACAUCGUUGGCAAAUUCUUCAAUGAUCUGUACGCCUGAUUAAAACA